UAGUUGAUCCACGUCACAUGUUCACUGCAACAUGGCUGCCACCACAGAGUGUGGAGCUGAUGCAAGUACUUCAGAAAACAUGUCCCUGAAGAAAGCUCUGUCUGCAGCUUCUCCCCUCACGCUGCGUAUCGUUGCUGAAUGCCCAGUGACAAAAGCAAGAGCUUGUGAUCUAAUACUGCCUCACUGUACCGUGAGUGCCCCGGUUUUCAUGCCUGUCGGCACUCAGGGCACUCUGAAGGGAAUCACUGUGGAUCAGCUGGAGGGUCUUGGCUGUCAGAUUUGUCUUGGAAACACAUACCACCUGGGCAUGAGACCGGGGCCUGAUUUGAUCGAGAAAGCCAAUGGUUUACAUGGGUUCAUGAACUGGAAGAGAAAUCUUUUAACUGACAGCGGGGGGUUUCAGAUGGUGUCUCUUGUUGAGCUCUCGGAGGUCACUGAGGAAGGGGUAAAGUUCAAGUCGCCCUAUGAUGGCAAAGAGAUCCUCCUAAGUCCUGAGAAAUCCAUCAGCAUACAGAACAGUCUGGGGUCAGACAUCAUGAUGCAGCUGGAUGAUGUAGUCAGCAGUACCGUGACAGGACCCCGGGUGGAGGAGGCAAUGCACAGAUCCAUUCGCUGGCUGGACCGCUGCAUUGCAGCCAAUAAAAAUCCAGACAAACAGAACCUAUUUGCCAUCAUCCAGGGAGGGCUGAAUGCAGAGCUGCGCAAGACCUGUCUAGAUGAAAUGACUCAACGUGAUGUUCCUGGUUUUGCCAUCGGAGGCCUGAGUGGAGGAGAGGAGAAGAAUGACUUCUGGCGGAUGGUCACCCUCAGCACUGACCACCUGCCGCGACAAAAGCCUCGAUACCUCAUGGGUGUGGGGUAUGCUGUGGAUUUGGUGGUGUGUGUAGCUCUGGGAUGUGACAUGUUUGACUGCGUGUUCCCCACCCGCACAGCAAGGUUUGGCUCUGCCUUGGUGCCUUGGGGAUCUCUUCAGGUAAAACAUAAGCUGUAUGCCAAGGACUUCCAGCCCAUAGACCCAGACUGUCAGUGCCCCACCUGCAAGAGACAUAGUCGGGCUUACCUCCAUGCUCUGUUUAAGAGUGACACUGCAGCCAUGCAUCACAUCACCAUCCACAACAUUGCCUACCAGCUCACCCUGAUGCGCUCUGUGAGACAGAGCAUUGUGGAAGGCCGCUUCCCUGAGUUUAUACGGACGUUCAUGAAGCGACUGUUCCCCUCUCCUGACCAGUACCCCAGCUGGGCUGUUGAUGCUCUAGCCUCCGUCAACGUUACACUGGAAUAGAACUUGGAAGGCAACUGGCAUGCUCUAAAUGAGGAUGUCAAAUAGUGACUGAUAGAUUACUAUGUUUUUAUAUGACUUUUCUAUGGAUGAUUGUUUUUUACUCUUUGUUUAUAUUUGUAUUUAAAUUUCCAGUUUUGUGAGCAAUGAGGAAAAUGGCUCUAGAUCUAAAAGAAUAAAGCCUGAUUGUCUUUUGCUUGA